GCGUUAAAAUUCUGUUUGCUCGCCGCGCUAUUUGCUGACAGACAGCAGCUGUUCCAAUAGGCUCCACCUGAAGACCAGUUGGCCUCGCAAAUCAAGCUCGUUAUCCCUCCGCUCAUUCCUCCCGAAUCCGGAAAUUAACGCUCUGAGCGACAUUGCCGCCACUCCAGGAAUCUUGCCCGCUACGCAAUCUUUCGCGGACCCUAAUUUGACGGAAGGACCAACGAAAAACGCAACUGCAACAAUCAAUAGCUAGGAAAGAAGCAGCAGGGACGCAGCAAAUUUGGUGGCAGCAACGCAACAGCAACAGCAACAGCAACAGCACCAGCAGCAGCAACAGCAACAGCAGCAGCAGCUAGCAAACGAUAAAUACUAACCUUCUGUCUUAUACAAACGGAUGCAGCAACAGCCGUUGCAAGCAACGGCAUGGGCUCCCACGACUACAGCAGCAGCAGCAGCAGCAGCAGCAGGAGGGUCAGCAGUUGGGACAAUGUUUCAGCAAGCAGAGCAGCACGUGCCUCCCGCCCAGCCGCAUGUGCCUCGCCCCCAGCCGCACAUGGCGCUAACCCUGCCCACGGGCGCUCACCUCGCCGCUGCCCCGCCGCUCCUCUCCCCCACGAGUGUGGUUACCACCACGGGCGUGCCCGGCCGCGUGGGACUGUCCAUGGGAGCUGCGUACCCUGGAUUGAUGGGGCAUAUGGCUCCGGACGACAAGAAGGUCAAGAGAAUGAUGUCCAACCGUGCAUCAGCCAAGAGGUCGCGCAAGCGACGGCAGGAGCGGUUGGAGGAGCUGGAGGUGCUGUCGGCGUCUCUGCAGGUGGACAACGCGAGCGCGCAGCGUCGCCUCCACGAGGCCCAGGACACCAUCCGCCGCCUGCAACGCUGCCAGCAGGCGCUCCAGCGCAGCGUCGCCCACGCCCACGCACAACUCUCCGCCGCUGCCGCCGCUGCUGCUGCUGCUUCUCCUGCUGGUGCCGCUGCUGGUGCUGCACAGAGUGAGGGUGGCGAUGGGACGGAGGCAGGCGCGGGAGUGCAACUGCAACUGCAACCACUGGAGCUGCUUUCUCCGCUGCACACUCAGCAGGAGGGGCCACUGCUGCUGCGCACCCCACUGGAUCUUGCGGGGAGGCAGCAGAGCGGAAGGGGCGGAGGGAGGGGGAGCGAAGAGAGGAGUGAGGAGCUGGAGAGGGGCGGCGACGACUCGGGAGAGGAGGAGCAGGAGGAAGAGGAGGAAGGGGGGGAAGAGGAGGGAGAAGAUGAGGAGGAGCAUGCGAGUGGGAGUGAGGGAGAGGGAGAGGAUGAGCUGGAGGAGGAGGGAGUGGUGGGUGGAGUCAGUGGGUGGGCUGAUGGAGCCAUGCUUUUGGCAUCGGGCUCAUGCGUUUUGGCAAUGGUGUUGGAGCACCGCCGCUGUAAUGAGGAUCUGCUCGGGGCAGCAUCUCUUGUGUUUCCUGGCGCUAUGGGGAGGGUGGGCUGAUGGAGCCAUGCUUUUGGUAUCGGACUCAUGCGUUUUGGUAAUGGUGUUGGAGCCCUGUUGCUGUCAUGCAAAUCAGCUUGUGUAUAUGAUUGUCUAGCUUUGAUGAACUUUGGCGU